AUGGAUGCGGCCACUCUGGACCCCUACCGAGUCGAGGUGGAGCUUCCGGAGCCAGAAGGGUCCGGGUCGGACUCAGAUGAAGAAAUGGACGUGGCAGCAGGCAAAAAGGUUUGGUAUUCCUACGGUGCCAAGCUUGGAGAACGCCCAAAAAAUGGAACAGCAAAGCUGUACCGUUUCCUGAUCCCGCACGCCGUGACGGCCCCCGAAAAGCAACUAGAGUCGCGGACAAUGUCGGUCGGGAUCACGGACCUUGCGAAGAGGUCAAAGGAGGGCCCCCUCGUGAUAAGCAUAUACGUCAAGGUUGGGGUGCCUUGGACAGUUCUCCAACCUUCGGUGCAGCACGCGUUCCUGCGAUCAGGGCGAGUGACUCAAAAAGCGUCUCUCCUCGACGAGACCCCAGCAACGGGCGACCUGAGUCUCAUCUGCAAGGACGGUUCGAGAGUACCGGCGCACGCAGCCGUCCUGGCUGGCAUUCCGUACUUCCAGUCAAAGCUCAAAAACGACUGGUCGGGGGCUGACUGGAACAUGCACAAGAGGCUGGACGUACAUCUGCCGUGCCCGGUGGACCAAAAAGUGGUCGGGGCGUUUCUCAGGUUCGCGUACGCAGAUGCUGCGCCCCUGCGCCAUAUCGAGCCGUUCGAAGCCGCCGCCCUGCAAGACCUCUUCUCCUUGGCCGAGUCCACCGACUUUACCGCUCUCUGCGGGAACGUCAAGAAUCACGUGCAAGUGACGGAAGAGAACGCGACGUCUUGGCUCGAGUGGCUCUUAAAGGAGCACGGCCCGAUCGCCCGCAAGAUUUCGAGGAAAGUGAAGCGAGUGGUGAAGCGAGAGGUGAAGCGGUCUUUCGAAGAGGAGCAGUUCUGGGCGGACAUAAACGACGAGCAGCUCGCGAUCCUUAACAAGGCCGCCAAACGGAGGAAGACCGUGAAGGCCCCGGAUUGUUCGUAG